AUGAGGGAAACGUCAAAAUCGGUCGAAGAUGGGGAUUCAUUGAUCAGAAGACUUUUGAGUAACAAAGAAAUUUCGUUGAAUAGGAAAAAAUCGGCGGGGGAGAAGGAGAAGGAGGAGGAGGAGGAGGGUGACUACGUCGUCACGGACGUGAAAGAAAAAUGGUCGAUAAUAAAAAAAUUGAUGGAAGGAAAUGGCGUCGGUGACAAAAUUCCAUCAGCGAAAGAGGAAACGUUGAAAUGUUUGGAGUCGAUGUUGAGAAAGCCGAAGAAGUUGAAGGAUUCUCUCGUCUUUUGCAAACCCUGCAACUUAUUCAUGAAAAAAUCAAGUUUGAGCGGUCACAAUCGGUUCGUUCAUAAAAAAAUCAAAAAAUUCCUUUGUCAGACUUGCGGAUACGCUACGCACACGGGCACCAUACUUAGACAGCACAUACAAGCCGUACACGUGGGUUACACGUUCGAAUGCGGUAAAUGUUUGAAAAAAUUCAACUUGUUGAAAAGGUUGAGAAAACACGAGGAAAUCCAUCAUUCGAAAGGGCCCCCCAAAGUCCCGGAUAAAAAACUCAUGUGUCACUGCUGCGGUUUGUCCUUUCACCGGCCGUCAUAUUUGAAAACUCACCUUCUCACUCACACGGAAGAGACUCCGCACGGGUGUCAGUUUUGCGAGAGAAGAUUUAAAUUUCGUUGGGCGAAAGUUCAACACGAGAGACUUCACACGGGUGACAAACCCUACAAGUGCACGAAAGUCUGCGACAUAUGCGGGUAUCAAGUCGAGGGAAAGGGAACGCUCAACAAGCACAUGCGAGAGAAACACGACGAGGGUCAAAACUAUUGCGAUCUCUGCGAGAAAUACGUUUGGAUCAAGUGCUACGACAAACACAUAAAAGACGUGCACGAGGAUCACGAGGAUUUUUGCAAGACUUGUUCAAAAUGGUUCAAAUACUACAAGACUCACAUGAGAACGUCGCACAAGGACGUGGUGAAAUUUUGCGACUACUGUCAAGUGGACGUGGAAGCUCACACGUUGGAAAAUCACAUGGCGACCGUGCAUUCGAAACAGAGUAGAUUUUGCGAAACGUGCAACAAGGAAUUUUUCGAAUUCGUUUGUUACAAAAACCACGUGAGAAACAUUCACCUCAAAGUGAAAUCGUACAAGUGUUCGGAAUGCGAUUUCACGACGGCCUACAGAACGUCCAUGGACAAACACAUACUCGGAACGCACACGAGAAAUCAGAAAUACGUGUGCGAGAUAUGCGCGAAAGAGUUCAUAGUCAAAGACAAUUUGCGCAAGCACAUAAGGAUGAUACACAACGGACAGCAGAAAUCCGUUUGCACGUAUUGCGGCAAAGUCUGUCACGCGAAUCGCGAGCUCAUCAAUCACGUUCGACUUCACACGGGCGACUUGCCCUACCAGUGCGAGUUCUGCCUGAGAAAAUUCCCGAAAAAAUGGACUCUGGACAAUCACAGGCGAAUACACACGGGUGAGAAACCCUACAAGUGCACUCAUUGCGAGUCCGCGUUCGGAACGUCCGCCCAAAUGAAAAUCCACGAAUUUCGCGAACACGGAGUCGAAAAAUAUCUGUUGAAACCGCAAUUCAUCGACUGCGAAGUCUGCGGGAAAAGCGUUCAGAGAAGAAAAUUCAAGUUGCACAUGAUGGUGCACAACGGUGAAAAACCUCACCUCUGCGACAUUUGCGGGAAAAGUUUCACGUGGAAAUUUGCACUCGUCACGCACAAGAGAGUUCACUCCGGAGAGAAACCCUACCUGUGCAAGCACUGCGGUCAAAGUUUUAGAUCGUCGUCUAGAUUUGCCGAACAUUCGACCAUACACACGGGACGAAGGUCGUACGUGUGCGAAAGGUGCGCACUCGCUUUCCGGACGAGCGGACGAUUGAAAAGACAUUUGAGAAUUCACACGGGAGAAAAACCCUACAUAUGUUCGUUUUGCGAAAGGGGAUUUUCCGAGAGUUACAAUUUGAAACAGCAUCGGAGACUGCACACGGGAGAAAAACCCCCGCACGUGUGCUACGUGUGCACUCAAGCAUUCAUAAGAAAGAAAAUGCUCGUGGAUCAUUUGAGAAUACAAAAUUUAUCGGAAAUUGUCCGAACGGUCAAACUUUGCGACGUGUGUUCGCAACCUUUUCGUAACGUUUCGUCAUUAUUGUCGCACAGGAAAGCGGAACAUCCGGACAAGACGACAUUUAAGUGUGCGGAAUGCGACGACGAAUCCCUGACGAGUUGGACGGUUUAUGAAAAACACGUGAAAAAUCACAAGCGUUCGUCUGUGUCAUCGACGUCGACGUCGACGACGACGACGAAAACCGUUCGGUGCGACGUUUGCAACAAGGAUUUCGAAUACAUAAACUCACUCGUACAACACCGGAGAGUCACGCAUCCGACGGAGAACAAAAUUUUCUCUUGCACCCUCUGCGAAUUCACCGCGACCCUAUACAAGGACUACAAACACCACAUGAGAGUGAGUCACAAGGAUUCCGGAGUCAAACUAUCUCUCUCGUGUCUCGUGUGCGACGUUUGCGGAAAAGAAUUCCUCUGUCACUACAACUUGUCGAAUCACAUGAAAUACCACGGAUCGCCAAAGUUCAAGUGCGACGUGUGCGGAAAACUUUUCAAAGCGAAGAAAUCCCUACAGGGUCACCACAGGAUACACACGGGAGAAAAACCCUACACGUGCGAAACGUGCGGAAAAAGUUUCCCGGGUAAAAGUUAUCUCAUCAAUCACGGCGUGACACAUUCGGGUCGUAAACCGUUCGUUUGCGACGUUUGCGGAAAAGCCUUUUCGAAAAAGUGGAAUCUCGUACAACACGAAAGGAUACACACGGGAGAACGUCCCUACAGAUGCGAACACUGUCCGAAAGUUUAUCCGUCUCAAGGAGGUUUGAGCUAUCACAGGUACAUACAUCACAGCGCUCAGUACACUCCGCCGGUGUGCGACAUAUGCGGGAAAACGUUCAGGGUACAGAAGUAUUUGGAUUCUCACAAGAACACGGUACAUUUCAAGAACAAGGAUCACCUCUGCGAUUUGUGCGGAAAAGGUUUCGCGUCCAAGUACAGUUUGAAGCUGCACAAGAUAUGGCACAGAGGAGAAAAGAAUUUCUUUUGCGACGUUUGCGGAAUGAGAUUCAGCACCGUGGGAAAAGUCAACACUCACAAGCAAGUUCACGGAGGUCCCAAGAAUUACAUUUGCGAAGUUUGUUCGAGAGCGUUCAGGUGGAAGAAAAGUCUGUUCACUCACAUGAGGACUCACUCGGGAGAGAAACCGUUCAAGUGCGAACACUGCGAAAGGACGUUCUCGGCGCUUUGGAACAUGCAGCAACACGUUAGGAUACACACGGGAGAGAGGCCAUACAAGUGCGACGUUUGCGGUAAAGCGUUCGCGUUGAACGCGAGACAACGUCACAUAAAUGACAAAUCCGAAUAUUUUUGCGAUUUCUGUUUGAAAAUAUUUAAAACGAAAGCCAUAUUGAAAGGACACAGGUACAAACACGUAACGGACCCCCAAUUUUUAUGCGUUAGGUGCGGUAAAAAAUAUUUCACGAUAAGUAAUUUGAACGAACACAGUUUGUAUUGUUUGGAUGAGAAAAAAUUUCAAUGUCCCGUUUGUAGUAAGAAAUUCAACGUCAACAAACAAUUCAAACGUCAUCUCGUCAUACACGAAGCCGACAGGUACAUAAAAUGCACCGUGUGCGAACAAACGUUCAGUCGUAAGGAUAAUUACAGGCAACAUUUCCGUAGGCACACGGGUGAGAAACCCUACACGUGCGAUAUAUGCGGUAAAUCGUUUAGGAUAAAAGCGACGUAUAAUUACCAUAGGAGAACGCACAGAGACGUCAGGACGACGACGGCGGCGGGGGCGGUGGCGGCGGGAAAGCCGAUGACGACGGAAGAUUCGGAUAAUAAAACGGCAAACGAGUACGACGGUCGAGGAGGAGUAGGAGGAGGAAGGGGGGAUAAUUACUACGGUGAUAAUAACUAUCGGGUACGAGAUAAGGAGGAUAGUACGACGAAUGAUGAGUAUUAUAAUGACGUCAAAAGAGAACCCGUAGAAAGCGAAAUGAGAAAAGGGGAUGAUGAUGAAGACGGCGAUGACGAUGACGAUGAGGGUGAAACAAUUUCCGGAAGAGGAAAUGGAAGAAGUACCGAUUAUACCGACGACGCGUUAGGUACCGAGUAUUACCAAAGAAAAGAAAAUGAGUACUCGUAUAGGGAAAUAUCUCAAGUUCUACCCGAUUAUUUAUCGAGGAGAGGAGUGGAUGUCGGUCGUGGCAGUACCGGCGGGGAAGAAUAUCAAACCCGUGACGACACAACAAACGUACCUGAAUACGCGACGAGGCGGAACGCGACGGCGUCGACGAAUUAUUCACAGUAUUCAUCCAACGUUAGAAUCCGGGAUAAUCCGGAUAAGGAUAAUAAUAAUCAUCACGGAGGAUUUUGA